AUGGGAUCGUCUUUUGUUGUAUACAAGACGCCGCCAUGGUCGAGUUCAAGUGACUUUAUCAGAGUGGUCGCCUUAAAAAAUGGCACAAACGUGUACAUGUCGACAGGUUAUCAGAGGUUUCAACUUCAAGGCUCUCAGUAUGUUACAAGGCAAUUCUUUCACAAUGUCAUCUUGGUUGAGGCCGACCAACCAGUUUUGGUGAUAAAGUAUUCGCAGAAUGGGGACUACCCUACAAUGACGCUCAUUCCGCCAACGGCUCUCUAUCUUACCGGGGAGACUGUCAUUAUUAGCGAGGUACCCGGUUUAAGCAAUAAGCAACAAUAUCUGAUUGUUGUGGCCACCAAAGAUUUCAUUCAACAGAUGAACUUAAGUUCUGCCACCCCGCUUACAGGUACAAACAUGGCCGCUGUGGUUGUGAGAGUGCCCGACGGAUCUAAAAAUGUGACGCUGGUGGGUCCUAAACAUCCGAGGAUGAGCUUCAUUGCCUACUCAUAUCUGACCAGUAAUACAGUCUGCUUUCAGACAGCGGUAGCUUUCAACCAGCUGACAAUCAACCGGCCGUGCAGCGUCACUAGCGGCAGUCCUGGAGAUCACACAGAUAAUGACUGCGAUGGAGAAAUUGAUGAAGAUGUGUGCAGCGAAUACAAUUACCCUUUCACGAGCGACUGCACUACAACCAGAUCUCCGCAGCGAGGCUGGCGUGAGCCUGAUAUCUGGGGUCAAGAGUUUACCCUGCAAGUGCCCGACCACUGCCAGCGCUCGCUAACAGAUGAUGUGGUCCUCUUGUAUGUAACUGCCAGAAGUGGCAUCUCCGCAGUCCAAGUGGCAUUAGAUACACCAGCAGAUCUGUCUAAGGUUAAGAAGACACUGACGAUAUUGAGCACUGAUAACUAUCGAGUCUUCAACCUCACUGGAGCAGCAAUUAAAGGAAACGGCUCCAAAGUUGUGUCUGGGCAAACACUGCACGUGACCGCUUCUGCUGAGGUAUCUGUCAUCCUGUUACAAGUGUGCACUUUGAUCGGCUCAGAGAGCAUCCUGGCCACACGUCUGAUGCCCUGCGACGUGCUGGGCAGCGAGUACUUCGCUGUGACUCUCUGUAAUGUGGACUUGUGUCAGAUACAGAUAGCAGCCUAUCACGUGGGUAUAACUGAAGUCCGGAUACGGGUGAGGCUACAAGAUGGCGCUGCGCCCUUUACGUUCGACUCCGUAGAAUACAAGAACGGAGAAGUGAUUGCUGUGAGUUUGUCACAGUACCAAUCUUUACAGCUGCAGUCUCACGAGCGAGACCUGACAGGUACUCACAUUCUGGCCAGCAAACCAGUGGCUGUCUUCAGUGGCGGGCGCUACACCAUGUUUCAGAAAAUGCACAUGUCCAACGGGUUCGUGGAGCAAUUGCCACCAGUGGAAACAUGGGGUCGUUAUUUUAUAGUCCAGUCGAGUCCAGUGACUAAGACCAUGAACAAAUGUUCAUCACGACUCUGCCUGGAUUAUCUAAAGAUCGUUGCAGGUACUGCGGACACCGUAGUUUAUGUCAACGAUUCACCCUACACUCUAACUACAGCUGGAGAUUUCCUAGAAAUAUCCCUCCUGGCGGUGUACAGUGUCGUGGAGUCCACCAAACCGAUCCUGGUGCUGCAGCUGACCCAGGAGGUCAACUCCAUCGCCCUGUCGGGCAGCAUCGUCACUGCUCGGGACCACUACCUCAGCACCGACCGGGUGCCGGUGCCUGUCGUUGAUGGUGUCGCAAUGUACUUGAUGAUAAGUACCGGUCACACGAAGGCCCAGGAAAAUGCGGUGAUGGUCAACAACAAGUCGACUGCCCUGACUCUAGCGACUACCCUCAAUGCCAGUUUCUUCGCUAGCAGUAUCGUCAGUGAAGACUUUCUGCGAGUCUCAUCUAACAGCAGUUUUGGCGGCCAUGUCUACUCAAGUGGCAAUCUGAUGGCGGGUCUCUUCCGGCUUGCUUACGCCAUGACUAAAAUCAACUCGGUGUGCGUGCUCAGCAAAGGUGUCCCUGGCGACAACAAAGAUAACGACUGUGAUGGACAGAUUGAUGAAGAACCAUGUGAUCCGGCAGAGCUAGCUACAG